AUGUUUAAUUUCAGAUUCCUAUUUAAUGCAGCAAAUAUACAUAAAAUCAAGCAUUCGGUACAAUACAUUCGUUCUAAACAUGGACAACCUAUUGAAACUUCCACCAAGUUAAAGGGCCAGGACCUCUUAACCCUACAAAACUACACACCUGAAGAAAUCAAAUAUUUGCUUUGGGUAGCAUCAGAUUUGAAAAACAGAAUCAAACACAAAAAAGAGUAUUUACCUUUAUUACAAGGAAAAUCUUUAGCCAUGAUUUUUGAGAAAAGAAGCACAAGAACUAGAUUAUCUACAGAGACAGGAUUUGCACUUCUUGGAGGACAUCCAUGUUUCCUUACGUUACACGAUAUACAUCUGGGUGUCAAUGAAAGCAUCUCUGACACAGCACGGGUAUUAUCAACCAUGACAGAUGCAAUCCUGGCCAGAGUAUAUAAACAUUGUGACCUAAUCACGCUGGCAGAAGAAGCUGUAAUCCCAGUGAUAAAUGGGUUGUCUGAUUUUGAUCAUCCUAUCCAGAUUUUAGCUGAUUAUCUUACACUUCAGGAACAUUAUAGGUCCUUAAAUGGAUUGACCCUCAGUUGGAUAGGUGAUGGAAACAAUGUUCUACACUCUAUUCUGUUGAGUGCUGCUAAAUUUGGGAUGAAUCUUCAUGUUGCUACUCCAAAGGGUUUUGAGCCAAAUCCUACAAUAAUCAAAAUAGCUGAAGAAUAUUCUAUAAAGUACGGCACCAAACUGCUUCUCACAAGUAACCCAUUGGAAGCUGCCAAGGGGGCCAAUGUUUUAAUUACAGACACAUGGAUAAGUAUGGGGCAAGAAGAAGAGAAACAAAAGAGACUGAAGGCUUUCCAAGAUUAUCAAAUAACAAUGGAGACUGCGCAGGAGGCUGCUUCUGAUUGGACUUUCUUACACUGCUUACCCAGAAAGCCAGAAGAAGUUAACGAUGAAGUAUUCUAUUCUCCAAAGUCACUGGUUUUUCAAGAGGCUGAGAAUAGGAAAUGGACUAUUAUGGCUGUCAUGGUUUCCCUGCUGACAGAUUAUUCACCACAGCUGCAAAAGCCUACAUUUUGA